AUGUCCAAAAUCACAUCUCCCUUCAACAACCCGAUCUCCUUCGCCUCAUGCUCAAUCGGCCUCCCCCGACACACCCUCGAAGACAAGCUGGCAGCAAUAUCCGCCGCCGGCUUCAACGGCAUCGAACUCUCCUUCCCGAACCUCCAGUCCUUCGCCACGCGACACCUCAACAAUGGCGACAUCGCAGCCGACGACUACCCCUCCCUCUGCGAAGCCGGCACACUCAUCCGCGAUUUAUGUGCGCAGCUCAACCUCCAAAUCAUGGUCCUACAGCCCUUUGAAAACUUUGAAGGGUGGCCGAAGGAUAGUAAGCAGCGAGAAGAGGCAUUUGAGCGCGCGAGGGGGUGGAUGGAGAUCAUGAGCGCCGUGGGGACGGACAUGCUACAGGUCGGAUCGUCGGAUUCGCCAGAAAUCACGUCGUCUAUUGGAGAUCUUGUUGCCGACCUUGCAGAACUGGCGGAUCUUCUUGCGACGAGGGGCUUCAGGAUCGCGUAUGAAAAUUGGUGCUGGGCUACGCAUGCGCCUUCGUGGAAGGAUGUGUGGAAAGUUGUGCAGCUUGCUAAUCGGCCUAAUUUGGGACUUUGUUUGGAUACUUUCCAGUCGGCAGGCGGAGAAUGGGGAGACCCGACGACUGAAUCUGGGCGCAUUGAGACGGGUGGCGUUGGUGAGAGAGAGCUCACGGUGUCGUAUGAGAUCUCGUUGCAGGAAUUAGCGAAGACGGUUCCACCGGAGAAGAUCUACUUUCUACAGAUCAGUGAUGCGUACAGGGUCUCCCCGCCUUUGAGCAAAGAGCCUGAUCAGAGUGGGUUGAGACCUAGGGGGCGUUGGAGCCAUGAUCAUAGACCGCUACCGUUUGAUGGCGGGUAUCUGCCCAUCUUGCAGUUCUUGGAGGCUGUCAUGAGCACAGGCUUUAGGGGAUGGUUGUCUGUCGAAGUAUUUGACGGGAAGUUUGAGGAGAAGUAUGGUGAUGAUCUGCCUCAAUACGCUAGGAAAGGGAGGGACGGUGUUGUGAAGAUGCUGGGAGAGAUGAUUGUCGAUCGGAGUGGCUUCUAA